AUGGCCGUUUCCAGAUUAGUUAUUAAUCAAAGCGAUGGAAAAGUAAUUAGCUCACCGAUAUAUGCAUUUAAUCCAAAUUCAGGACAUUGGAAUUUACCUAUAAUUAAAGGGAAAAUACCAGAAUGGCGUAGAGAUAUUCAAGAUGUUGCCGAUAAAUUCGGCAAUAUUUAUAUUUUCGGUGGAUAUUCCAUAAUAACAGCAAAUUUCUUAAAUGAUAUUAUAAUAUUAAAUAUUAAUGAUUUAAUAUGGUCAUAUGGCCCUAUUGACAAUGCCGAUUUAAAACGAGAUAGUUACACUGCUACAUUAUUAACGAAUGGUAUGAUUGUAUACAUUGGAGACAACAAAUUAUGGAUUUUUGGAGGUGGAAUUAUAGCUCAAGGAACAUUUUCACCAACAUCAAGUGUAUUUUAUGUAGACUUGACAAAAAAAUUUGAUGUAGAAAAUGUUGAAUUUGAGGAUUUACCACUUAAAGAUGAGAGCCCAUUUUUAUGCGCAUGGUGUCAAAGUGCUGUUGGCGGAAAAGAUAAUUUAACGGUAUUUUUUUUUGCUGGAGUAAUGUUAGAUCCAAGUUCGUUUGAUCCAACAACUUCAACAUCUUAUUCAUUUGAUAUUAAAACUAGUAAAUGGUCAGUGGCAACUUUCACUGGAUCAGUACCUUCUAAACGUAGAGAAUUACAACCUGCGACUGAUACAAAUGGAAGAAUUUAUAUGUUUGGUGGUGGCGCUGAUGCUGCUUUAAAUAUUAAAUCCCCUCAAGUUUAUAGAGACAUGUAUAUUUUAGAUUCCAUUUCUUUGGUUGGAACUACGGGUUCCAAGUAUAAUGCUCCUUUAGCUAGAAUUGAUUAUACUGCUACGAUCUUACCUGAUGGUAUUAUUGUUUACAUCGGUGGAUCAGAAGCUAAUACGGAUCUUAAUUUUAUUAACGUUGAUAUUAAUAAGAUUCAAAAGUAUGAUACAAAAACAAAUACAUGGGCAUUAACGGUCGCAACCGGAGAAAAAACUAAUAAUAGAGCAGGACAUUCAGCUGCAUUAGCAAAGAAUGGACAAAUAAUAGUUUUUGGUGGAAUAUAUUUACCAGCAUUAUUACCAUCUUCUCCACAAGUCGUUAUAUUGGAUACUUCAACUCCAACCUAUCAAUGGAUUCUUCCUCCAAUUAUGACCACAACGGAUAAACCUCCGGACCUAUUAUUUCAUACCGCAACUAUUGUCGAAAAUUACAUGAUCAUUGCUUUCGGGAAUAGAACCGUGAGUGAUAAAGUGCAAGGACAAAGCGGUAGAUUAUACUUUUUAGAUUUGGAAAAAUUUGAAUGGGUUAAAACCUAUAAUCCACCAGCUGAUUUGCCAAAGUCAAAAGUAAAUGAUUCUAUAGACCCAAACAAAAAAUCAAAAAAUCAAAUAAUGAUCAUUUCGAUAGUUGUUGUGGUGGUUUUACUUUGCAUUGGAAUCACGUCAAUUGGAAUAAUUUAUUAUAAAAAAAACCAACAAACAAAUCAAUAUUCGAAUGGUACUUCUACUUACGCUUCUCAACCCCCACCUAAUGUAAUGAAUCAACAACCGCAACAAUAUAAUAAUAAUAUGUCAACACCCAACAAUCUGCUGCAGCAACCGCGGCAACCACAACAACUAAUACAAUAUGCACAAAGUAACGUGUUACCUAGUAAUGUUAUAUCUUCUAACUAUAACCGGCAUCAUAGAGAAAAUGUUCCAUCAGCUGAUUAUAAUGAUCUAAAAGGAUUUGAUGUUCCUCCUGACCAACCUUACGGUGUCGUUAUGUAUAAUACUGAAUCUGGUGAAAUGUACGUCCCAUCAAAUAUGUCAACAUCAUCAUUUCCUGAUCCCAGUUCUAAUAAUUAUAUGAAAUGA